AUGUUCAUCUUUUCACUUAUGGCGCUGGUCCGCCCUAUUCCUCUCAACGUCUCCGAGUCAUCCAACUUUCCAGUUCCCAAAGAGAACCUUACCGAUGAACGACGAUACACUGAUGAGCAAAGGUUACUGUAUCACCUCAUGAAAGACUAUGAGAAGGCAGUUCGUCCCGUGCGGAACGCUUCGCACACCGUAACUGUUCGCCUAGGAAUGACAAUGACAAACAUCUUUGAUAUGGACGAGCGAAAUCAAGUGCUCACUAUUAAUGUGUGGUUGGAUCAGGUUCGUUGCCAUGGGAGUUGA